UUUGGCCUCCUCCUAUGAUCCUAACUGGGUCCUUGUCCCUUUUCCCCAGUUUGGAGUUCUAGGUCGUGAAGCCAACCUUCCUCCACCUCCAGAGGACUGCUUCCACAAAAACACAGCUCUAAAACAUGAACUUUGCCUAGAGACGCCCUGGUCUCUCUCACCCCUUGCAGACUCCUCGCUGCCUAUGUCCCAGGUCUCACUUUGCUAAGGCUCGAGGGGCGCAGCAGGAUGCUUCUGUGGUCUGGCAUCUGUGGCCUCUCUCCACCUCGAAUCUUCCCUUCGCUGCUUGUGGUGGUAGCCUUAGUGGGGCUGCUACCUGUUCUCAGAAGCCAUGGCCUCCAGCCCAGCCCCACUGCCAGCACCAUCAGAGGCUCAGAGCCACCACGGGAACGCUCGAUUGGGGAUGUCACCACCGCCCCACCAGAGCUCGCCCCGGAGAGCCGCCCUGUUAACCAUUCCGUCACUGAACACGGCAUGAAAGCUCGGAAGGCCUUUCCCGUCCUGGGCAUCGACUACACACACGUGCGCACACCCUUCGAAAUCUCCCUCUGGAUCCUGCUGGCCUGCCUCAUGAAGAUAGGUUUCCAUGUGAUCCCCACCAUCUCGAGCAUCGUCCCGGAGAGCUGCCUGCUGAUCGUGGUGGGGCUGUUAGUGGGGGGCCUGAUCAAGGCCGUGGGCGAGACGCCCCCCUUCCUGCAGUCAGAGGUCUUCUUCCUCUUCCUGCUGCCGCCCAUCAUCCUGGAUGCAGGCUACUUCCUGCCGCUGCGGCAGUUCACGGAGAACCUGGGUACCAUCCUGAUCUUCGCUGUGGUGGGCACGCUGUGGAACGCCUUCUUCCUGGGCGGCCUUAUGUACGCCGUGUGCCUGGUGGGCGGCGAGCAGAUCAACAACAUCGGGCUCCUGGAUAACCUGCUCUUUGGCAGCAUCAUCUCGGCCGUGGACCCCGUGGCCGUGCUGGCCGUCUUCGAGGAAAUUCACAUCAACGAGCUGCUGCACAUCCUGGUCUUUGGGGAGUCCCUGCUCAACGACGCCGUCACUGUGGUCCUGUAUCACCUAUUUGAGGAGUUUGCCAACUACGACCGCGUGGGCAUCGUGGACAUCGUCCUUGGCUUCCUGAGCUUCUUCGUGGUGUCCCUGGGCGGGGUGUUUGUGGGCGUGGUCUACGGGGUCAUCGCAGCCUUCACCUCCCGGUUCACCUCCCACAUCCGCGUCAUCGAGCCGCUCUUCGUCUUCCUCUACAGCUACAUGGCUUACCUGUCGGCCGAGCUCUUCCACCUGUCAGGCAUCAUGGCGCUCAUUGCUUCGGGAGUGGUGAUGCGCCCAUACGUGGAGGCCAACAUCUCCCACAAGUCUCACACGACCAUCAAAUAUUUCCUGAAGAUGUGGAGCAGUGUCAGCGAGACCCUCAUCUUCAUCUUCCUCGGCGUCUCCACCGUGGCCGGCUCCCACCACUGGAACUGGACUUUUGUCAUCAGCACCCUGCUCUUCUGCCUCAUCGCCCGAGUGCUGGGCGUGCUGGGCCUGACCUGGUUCAUCAACAAGUUCCGCAUCGUGAAGCUGACCCCCAAGGACCAGUUCAUCAUCGCCUAUGGAGGCCUGCGGGGGGCCAUCGCCUUCUCCCUGGGCUACCUCCUGGACAAGAAUCACUUCCCCAUGUGUGACCUGUUCCUCACAGCCAUCAUCACCGUCAUCUUCUUCACCGUCUUUGUGCAGGGCAUGACUAUUCGGCCUCUGGUAGACCUGCUGGCUGUAAAGAAAAAGCAAGAAACGAAGCGCUCCAUCAAUGAGGAGAUCCACACGCAGUUCCUGGACCACCUUCUGACAGGCAUCGAGGACAUCUGUGGCCACUAUGGCCACCACCACUGGAAGGACAAGCUCAACCGGUUUAAUAAGAAGUACGUGAAGAAGUGUCUGAUAGCUGGCGAGCGCUCCAAGGAGCCCCAGCUCAUCGCUUUCUACCACAAGAUGGAGAUGAAGCAGGCUAUCGAGCUGGUGGAAAGUGGGGGCAUGGGCAAGAUCCCUUCGGCCGUCUCCACCGUGUCGAUGCAGAACAUCCACCCCAAGACCCUGCCUACCGAGCGCAUCCUGCCAGCACUGUCCAAGGACAAGGAAGAGGAGAUCCGCAAGAUCCUGAGGAACAACUUGCAGAAGACCAGGCAGCGGCUACGUUCCUACAACAGACACACGCUGGUGGCAGACCCCUACGAGGAGGCCUGGAACCAGAUGCUGCUCCGGAGACAGAAGGCCCGGCAACUAGAGCAGAAGAUCAACAACUACCUGACGGUGCCGGCCCACAAGCUGGACUCGCCCACCAUGUCUCGGGCCCGCAUCGGCUCAGACCCACUGGCCUACGAGCCGAAGGCCGACUUGCCCGUGAUCACCAUCGACCCAGCCUCCCCUCAGUCGCCCGAGUCCGUGGACCUGGUGAAUGAAGAGCUGAAGGGCAAGGUCCUGGGGCUCAGCCGGGAGCCAGGGAGGGCAACCGAGGAGGAGGACGAUGACGAGGACCAUGACGGGGGCCUCGUGAUGCGGACCAAGGAGCCCUCGUCCCCGGGCACCGACGACGUCUUCACCCCUGCGCCGAGUGACAGCCCCAGCUCCCAGAGGAUACAGCGCUGCCUCAGUGACCCAGGCCCCCACCCCGAGCCUGGAGAGGGAGAGCCCUUCAUCCCCAAGGGCCAGUAGCACCGGGCCCGCGGGCAGGGCCCGUUCCAUCACAGACUCUCCCACUGGGGCUGCUGGGGGCUCCCCUCCUCCUUUCUGACCCGGACCAGCCUUGCCCCUCCCCCGACCCGACCGCAUGGCAGCUGGGCCCACAGCCCCCACCGCAGCACGGCUUCCCCCUGCCUCCCGGGAAGCACCCUCCCUCCCACCAGAACUGCCUUCCCAG